ACAGCUCCAAGGACCUGGCGAUGGUUGCCUGCAUUGAGCUCCCUGCCGGCGCCUUCUGGCCGGACACCCUGUGCCAAAGAGCGCCCAGGAAGCAAACUGCAGUAGGGGCACGACACAGAUGUCAUGGAUGCACAUGCAAGAUCAUAAUCUGACCAGAAAGGGAAGAGAGGGAGAGCAACGGCCCGCAGAUCCCUGCCGGAAAGCCCCGGCAAUGGAGCCGGCGGCGGUGUGUGUGCGCGCACAGCAGCAGCAGUAGCCGCUUCAGCGGAGCCGGAGAUGGGCAGAGAGCGCGCGCGGCGCAGCAGCUCCGGAUCCACAGCCCUCCCCGCCCGCAGCUCCCUGCGCCCCCGCCGCCGCUGUCGCCUCCUCGGUGUCCCCAGGCUCCAGUCCCGCGCCUAGGACAGCGCCGCCACCGCAGCCCGGCCUUGCCUGCCGCCUGCGCUGCGCAACCCUCGCGCGCGCCCGGAUGGCGCUUUCCUCCCAGGACCGGCUUAGGAUGCAAUAAUUCAAGAUUUUUAUAAUACAGUGAAGUAGCUUAACAACUGCUUAUGUGCUUCCCAUGAUAUGUUCUCUAUAUUAAAAAAUUAUGACAUCAGCAUCCAAAGGAAUUCUCCGCCCAUUUUUAAUUGUCUGCAUUAUCCUGGGCUGCUUCAUGGCAUGUCUGCUCAUUUACAUCAAACCCACCAACAGCUGGAUCUUCAGUCCAAUGGAGUCGGCCAGCUCAGUGCUGAAAAUGAAAAACUUCUUCUCCACCAAAACUGAUUAUUUUAAUGAAACUACUAUCCUGAUUUGGGUGUGGCCAUUUGGGCAGACCUUUGACCUUACAUCUUGCCAAGCAAUGUUCAACAUCCAAGGAUGCCAUCUCACAACAGACCGUUCUCUAUACAACAAAUCUCAUGCAGUUCUGAUCCAUCACCGAGACAUCAGUUGGGAUCUGACUAACUUACCACAGCAGGCUAGGCCACCCUUCCAGAAAUGGAUUUGGAUGAAUUUGGAAUCACCAACUCACACGCCCCAAAAGAGUGGCAUCGAACACCUGUUCAACUUGACUCUGACUUACCGCCGUGACUCAGAUAUCCAAGUGCCUUACGGCUUCUUGACGGUGAGCACAAACCCCUUCGUGUUUGAAGUGCCAAGCAAAGAGAAGUUAGUGUGCUGGGUUGUAAGUAACUGGAACCCUGAGCAUGCGAGGGUCAAAUAUUACAAUGAGCUAAGCAAAAGCAUUGAAAUCCAUACCUAUGGGCAAGCAUUUGGAGAGUAUGUGAAUGAUAAAAAUUUGAUUCCUACCAUAUCUACUUGCAAAUUUUAUCUUUCUUUUGAAAACUCAAUCCACAAAGAUUACAUCACAGAAAAGCUCUACAAUGCUUUUCUAGCUGGCUCUGUACCUGUUGUUCUGGGGCCAUCUAGGGAAAAUUAUGAGAAUUAUAUUCCAGCAGAUUCAUUCAUUCAUGUGGAAGAUUAUAACUCUCCCAGUGAGCUAGCCAAGUAUCUGAAAGAAGUUGACAAAAACAAUAAGUUAUACCUUAGUUACUUUAACUGGAGGAAGGAUUUCACAGUGAAUCUUCCACGAUUUUGGGAAUCACAUGCAUGCUUGGCUUGUGAUCACGUGAAAAGGCAUCAAGAAUAUAAAUCUGUUGGUAAUUUAGAGAAGUGGUUUUGGAAUUAAAGUUUUCCAUCAUUUGCACACUUGGAAAAAUUAUUUUGGUGAGCUAUCAUCCAAGUUUUGAGGAUAAGAAGAGAGACAACAUUUUGCUUUUGUGUCACAAUUUAUUUUUAUCACUCUCUCUUGGGUGACAUGUAUAUUUUGAUGGAGAUUUCUGAGAGCUCAGCAUUAGCAAUCACUCCCUUUGGUUUUAAAUUAUCCUGUACAUACCCAAUUAUGUGCACUGAAAAUUAAUUUAUUCUUUGCUACCAUUUGUAAACAUUGUUUUUCACAUUUUGUAGUUGUUUGUAGUGUAAGUUUGUGAUAUGAUUGUUGUUUCUACAUUGAUCAGCUAUUUAAGCUAUUUGGGAGAUGAAGAUGCACAUCUUAAAAUAUGAAAUAUUUUCACUAAAUAUUAUAAUCUCUAGUUCCAAGUUUGCAUAAUGUAACAAAGGAAAAGCAUUUGUAAUUGAGUUCUAAACCUCUUUGACUUCAAAGUGAACAAAGUGUGUGGACUGUCUCUAUUUGAUCUACUUUUUACCUGUUCACCACAUUUUUUGUGAAGGGAGAGUUAUUCAUGCAGUGAAUAAGAAAGAUAGUGAAGCAGAACUGUUUUAUUCAGGAAACUAUUAGACUUCUCAUUUAUUUUCAUUAAGCUGACUUGCAAAUGCAGCCAGCCACUUGUUCUCAUGAUCUUAAGUUAAAUUAUUCAAGUAUUUUUAAAUAUCCAAUUUUGGGGGAUUUGUAGAACCUGGGAAAUAAUCCUGACAACACUUACUAUCUAGGAUAGUUCCCUUCCCAGUCCUUACACUUAUAAUAAAGCAAAUAAUUUCCUCAAAUAACAAAGGAAAAGAAUGUGUAUAGAUACAAAUCAUAUUUAUAAGUGGUACAUUUAUGUACAAUUUUGAAUAACAUAUAAAUUUAAAAUAUUUUUUCUAAGCCCUGAUAUUUAAAAGUUUCAUUUUACCAUGUGGACAAAUAAAUAGACAAAACAUUUUAGAGGUUUGCCCUAUCAUUUAAAAGAACCUAAAUAAAACUAUCAUUAAGGUGUUAUAUAUAAGAUAUUAAACAUAAUAAAGUGAAGAUCUAUAGAAAACACACAAUGCUAACCCAGAGUAAGAUCUCAAUGCACAUUUAUUGAAUGAAUAAAUGAAUGUCAUUGAAAAUCAUGGGAAAAUUUUUGUUUGUUUCAAUAAAGUGACAGUUCUAGCAUAGAAAUAUUAACUGGAAUGAUAUUUUUUAUUUCAUUUUCAUAAUUAUUCAUAUAUAGCACAUGUGACCAUGGCCCUCAGGGCUUUACAGAACCAAAAUAAACUUGUCAUUACACUAAGUUCUUGGAAAAUUCAUCCCUGAACCUGCAGUUGCAAUACAGCAAUUUUCCUCUGUGAGGUUGAGAGCUGAAUAUAAGCAGAGAUUAGUAGGUGAGAAAAGAUGGGAUGUUAAGGGUUCUUCAAGAAAAGCAUUUCCCAACAGAAUCUUUAAUGACUAUUCCAUUCAGGCCAAAAACCCAUCAAAAGAACCAGAAUGUUGUGAUGACAUCCUUUUGGAUCCAAUUGUGACUUAUUCUAAUAGUCCUGUUACAUGUUAACAUUAGCAGAACACAAGUCCACCAUCUUCUGCAUCAAAUGGAAGUUAGAUAGAGGCAAACUUGAGUUCAGUAAGUAGGAGCUAUGUCCCAUACCCCAAACUGCCUUGUGUGGGAAUGAGCUCUCUGGAGAACUAGAAGGAUUGGAACAGAGGAAGAUCCUGUCAUUAGAUGGAGGACUGUUUGAUCCUCAGGUUCAUUUCUUUACCCAUGUCGAACAGGCAUGUUGUGUCAGGCAAUGCCCUAACCAGAGCUAAAGAUGAACAAAGUACUCUCACUGCCCUACAGGAACUUACACUUAAGUGGAGAGAUACACGAAAGCUUUCUUCAAGUCUAUGUUUAUGCACGUACUCCUCUCGGUGGAGUUUAUAUGAGUCACUGCCGAUAUAAUGAAAAUAAGAUAGCAAAUUUCCCUAAUUGCUCAGGGAUUUGACAUAUUUCUGAGCUGCAAGCUUUGUUUACUCAUUUGGCCCAAUGUAGAUUUCCUCCAUAUUAUCUCUUCUAACCACACUGCAUCAAGAAAUGGUGUGUCUGUGUGGAUGCCCUCCUAGAUAAGGGCAGAUCUCACCCAUGUUUAUUUCAUCAGGUUAAAAAAGUCUAAUUCAUACAUUUACACUGACUUUGUCAUCUUUUUGGCUUACAAAAAGUAUAGGGUUCUAGACAGGUUGCAUGGCUAACAUGUUUAGAAAGCACCUGUUUUCCUCAACAGCAGCAAAGCAUUAAGUGUCUUGACAACCCAUUUUGGCUGUGGUGGGUGCUCAUGAUUUCAAAGAACUGAGAAACCUGAGGGCAUUGCCUCUCUUGUCAACUAUGAAUUUGGUCUUUUUUUUAGACCGACUAUAAUCACAUGCUGAUAAUAUGACCCAAGUCAAAGCAAUAAUACUAAGUAACUAACUGGCACAUCUAUCUAUCUGGGACCCACUACCAGGUCCCAGAAGAAUAAUUUUUCUGAAUUUGAAGUGCCAAAAUGAAUGUGUCAACUUACCCCAUCAGUUCUGGGAGCAUUUAUCUGUAAUUUUAGGGCUAGACAAGUAUUAUAGCAAUGUUUACAAACCAAUCCCUUUAUUCUAUUUAUGGGUUAACGAGAUCCAGAGAUAAUAUUUAUUCAAGAAACAUGUUCACACACACACACACACACACACACACACACACACAUACACACACACACACACAGAGCUAGUGACAUAGCCAAGAUUGGAAUGUAAGGGUGCUGUAUCUCUUAAUUCUAUGUUCUUUUUCAUCAUAGUCUCACCUAACCAUAGAAGUAUGUCUCAAUUCCUGCCUUAUUGGUCUAGUUAGGGCCUAUGGAAUGGUACACUCUAUGUGGGAAGCUCUUUGACUUUUGAAAAAAUAUAUAGUAAAACAUCAAACUUGUUAGCAUUCUUUCUGUUUUAAGUAUUCUAGGAGUUGAGCUUUAGCAGAAGAAAAUGAACUUUCACUACGUUUUAAGUGAAAGGCAACCCUCGAAGAUGGUAUAUGGUUCUUAGGCACUCCAUUAAUAAAUCCCAUGGAUUGUAAUUAUUUUAAUGGAUAUCUCAUGGUGAAAGAUGUGGAUUCAACAAAAUCAGCUUGCUCUUGGUUAUAAAAACAAAUAAUGAUGCCAAGGGAUAAAACAGAAGAGGCCAUUUAAAAAGUUUUAUUCCAAAAUAUAAAAAAAAACCUAUUAACGUCAAUGGUCUGAACAUUUAAAUAUUAAUUAUUAUAGGUCCUCUUAGUAAGAAUAUAUACUGAAUUCUCCAUAUCCAGCAGUAUUAUAAAUUCUUUAAAAAAGACAUUGACAGUCAUAUUACAUGACAGCCAUAAAUUUUAUAAUAUGAAGUGGAGACUAGAAAAAUAUUAUCUUAGUGGGGAACCAAUAUCAGCUUAAAAUUUUACAUUUACUACAUGAGUCUUGAUAAUCCUAGAACAUGCAGAUAUGUUUUCUGUUGUGAGGGCUUAGAAAGCUCAGAGCACUUGAGGCAUAAAGUGACAGAAUAUUCAAGAAUUAUUUGCUGAGGCUUUAAAUUCUUGCCUCCAAUUGGAGGUUAAAUAUGGUAAGAAUAGGAAAUUAUAUAAUUGAUAUCUUUUUGAUUGCCUAUUUUCAAACUAGAUUCCAUGAGCCUUAAGGUAAUGCCUUUGCCUUUGUCUAAAAAAUGUCUUUGAAUGAAGUAAUGCUACCAAAACAAGGUUUAGGUCCUUACAUUAUAACCUUGUGUUUAACCAGAUCUUUGAGUUCCCUUGAACGCUGAUCUCAUUUAAGGGAACUUCUUAAUGAAUUAAUUACAAACAAAUUAUUAAAUAUAAAAACUUCAGGAUCUAAAAGAUAAGCACAGUGCCUAUCACAGAGAAGGAUUGCAACAAAUAUUUGUUCAAUGAAUUGCAUUGGAGGUCAUGCAGAAUUUUAUUUAAGUGUGAUAACAGUUCCAGCUUAUUGGUACCAAUUAGAGAUUAUAUUUUAUAUUUAUUUCCUUGAUCAGUUUACUGAUUGGAUGCAAAGGAAGGCUUAAUGUCUUUCCACUCUUUCUGCAUCCUAACACCCCAAAAGAAGUAACAUUUCAAGAAAGAUUUAAAGGAUUUGGAACAUGUUAACAUUCUAUUCAAAUAUGAACACCAACUGUUUCUAAUAGGAAAGCCAAUUAAUAUUUGAGGAGAAUAUAAAGUGCAAGCACUGUGAAGGGCACAUAUUUAUUACCAAACUAUGCACGGAGAGAGAUGCAGUUUCUUUCCUCCCUAACUGCACUCCUUUGUACUACAAACAUCAGUCAAUUAAGAUGAUAUUUUUUUCUGGAUGUCUCUCAUCUAAAGAUUUUGUAGCAUUUUGCAAAUGGGUAAGCUCAACUAUGAUCCAAAGUGUUCUCCCUCUCAGUAAUUCAUAUUGAAUGCAUCCAUAUUCAUUAGCAUUAUAUAGAGCUCUCAAAAAUCAGAGAGAGCCUGCUAAACCAGACAAAGCUAGGCUGGGUUAUAGGUUCAACAAACUCAUUUUGAGAAAUUCAGCUAACCUCCCUGGACCUUGUUGUUUGUAAGGCUCCUUCUGACACUGUUAUGAUCUAAACUGACCAUAUGCAUGUAUUUGCAAAUGAAAUUCCAACAACGAUCUAAAUUGACCAUACGCGUGUAUUUGCAAAUGAAAUUCCAACAACCAUAUCAUUUUUUGGAGGUAAAUAUUUCAAACAGAUUUCCCUCUUAUUUCUCUGAAUAGACACUUAAGGUGUAAAACUGAUUAUUUAAGUUAAUAUGUGGAAAGAACCUAAUCCAGUGCUUGAAAUACAAGUGCUCAAUUAACUGAACUUCUUCCUUUAACUCCUUCCCCUCAUUCUCUACCUCAUCUUUUAUAAUUCAUGUACUCACGAUUCACUGAGACCUUAAUUGCCUACAGAAAACCAACCAUAAUGAGCAUUAUUUUAAGAUACUAAAAAUUUUUCUAUAUCAUCCACAUUCUUAUUACAAUAUUUUACAACUUUUUAUCAAUGCAAAAAUUUCAGAGGCAGUGGGCACAGGGCAAAUUCCCAGAUGACAAGGAGACAGGGAGCCUAAUUUGAGUAAGCCAGAUUGAAUAUAUCCAAAAAAAUUUAGUUAUUCUUAACUCAUAGUUACUAUAUAUUUUUCCUUUGAUCUACUUUGAAAAUAUUGUAAAGAAUUAAAAAAAAAUCUCUCCAACGUCAGCUGUCUUUGUCAGUGUAACUGAAAAUUUCAGCCUGGUUCCUGGGUCACCAGACCUGGAAUCACCAGAGGUAUUUAUGAACAAUACUGAUCCCUUGACCCUGCUCAGGCAAUUCUCUUCAAACAAGUCCAAAAAAAAACAUGCUUUUAAUACAUUUCCUAAGUUAGUCUGCUUCACGCUAUAAUUUAUAAACCAUCCUGACUAAGCCAGGGGUUCUCAAACACAUACACGUCUUUGGAACUUCCUGGGUCAGCUGCAUAAGAAUCAUUUGAGAAAGUAUUAAUAAUAUACAAUUUCUGAUUCUCUGGGUCUGAGAUGGGAGCUGGAAUCUGUAUUUUAAAAAAAUCUCCCCAGAUAGUUCUGAUGUGUUGUCAGGUUUGAGGUCUAUGUCAUAGCCACCUAUAAAAUGGAGUGUAUUCUGUUGUUCAACUGACACAAGCUAAUGUCUUUAAUUCACUUGGAAUUGUCCUGGAUAUGUCAGUAAAGUGUUUCUCUCCUUUAAGAACCAAGAUAUUCUAUAUGCCUAAUUAUUUCAUGCAUGAGCAUGGUACUUACUGGCUAACUAAUCCCUUGAUUUGGGGCAGAUUAUCUACAGUCUCCAAAUCUUCUUUUAAGUUGUGAGUGGUUUAGAGCAGUAUUUCUCAGGCCUAGAUGCACAUAUGGAUCACCUGGAGGAGAUUUUAAAUUGUGGAUGCCCAAACCCCAUCUCCAGCGAUCUGAUCUUAUUGGUUUGAAAUGGGACCCAGAGACCAACAAUUGUAAAGACACUUUAGAUGAUCCUAAUGUAGGGCCAUCUCUGGGAACCACCAGUCUACACAAAAGACCUGCUCAAUUUGCGACCUUGAAAGAAUUAUUAGGAAAAGAAAAGUUUAUAUACCUUGAAAAAAUAUCUCUCAUUCUCUUUUUUAGGUUCUAAAUGCAUGUUUGUAUUUUGCAAAAUGAAAACUGGACUAUUCACUUACUAAGAUCCUUUACAGCCAUAAAAUUUUAUGCUUCUGUGAACCGCUAAUCCACCGUAUGUUUAACAGAACCUCUUUCCAAUGUCCCAAAGCCCUUGUUUGAUGGGUGGAAAAGUAAUUUGCAGUUGGUAUAUAGCAAUGAGCUAGCUGCAGUACCUGGAGUUUUGGUGACUACGGAUUUACAACUCAAUCUCAGCUCUGCUGCUCCCUAACUGUAGACAAGCUACUUGACACAUCUUAGCCUCAGAUUUUGCUUCUGUAAAGUGGAGGUAGCAGAUUCCUGAUGUGUGUUUUUUUGUGUGUGUGAGAACAAAUGAAAUAACACUUAAGUGAAUAGACACUGUGUUCAAUUAGAAUCAUUUAUUAUAACAAAAUAUCACUGUGAGGAAUUCAAAACUAUUUCCACAAUUUCAGUUCUAAAACUGAAAAUGUUAAGCAGACAGCUUAUAAGAAUCAUUGCAAACUUAAGGGGUACCUGGGUGGCUCAGUCGGUUAGGUGUCUGCCUUCAGCUCAGGUCAUGAUCCUGGGGUCCUGGAUCAAGUCCCUCACCAGGCUCCCU